UUCUGGCCGCGGUCACACUGCUUCCAAAUUAUUAUUAAAAAUUUCGCAGUUAAAAAACGUCAACAAAUUUCGGCAUUAAAACGUGGAAAAAUUAUCGUAAAAUCAACGUAACCUACAACCAAAGUCUGCGCAAUUGCAUUUCGCAUACACAACCAAACCCAAACACACAGAAAUUAGCACACAAUGGCACGCGGACAUCAGAAGAUCCAGUCACAGGCGAAGGCGGCCGACAAGCAGGCCAAGAUGAAGAAGCAACAGGGCCACAGUGCCACCGACCAAAAGAAGGCGGCCCAAAAGGCGCUCGUCCAUGUGUGCGCCGUCUGCAAGUCGCAAAUGCCCGAUCCCAAGACGUACAAACAGCACUUUGAGAACAAGCAUCCCAAGAACGACAUGCCCGAGGAGCUGAAGGAUGUCUGAGACGACGCGAAACGACACCAAUAUCAACGGAAACUGAAUCGACGAGUUGCCUACCAGUACGAAAUCUUUGCAACAAUAAAUUUACAUCAUCAACCAGAA